AUGGCCAGCAAGCGCUACCUCACCAACAAGGUGGACCGCUCGGUGACGGGGCUGGUGGCCCAGCAGCAGUGCGUGGGGCCCCUGCACACGCUGCUGGCCGAUGUGGCCGUGGUGGCCCUGUCCCACUUUGACACGUUGGGGGUGGCCACGGCCCUGGGCGAGCAGCCCAUCAAGGGCCUCCCGGAUCCGUUAAAAGACGGACAAACCUUCUACAGGCUGGCUGCUACCAGACCCGUCGGCUGGGGUCCCGCCAAGCCUGAGUUUUUCCCCGACUGCCUGAGCAUGGAAGCGGCCGAGCGGAUCGACUGCGUCCCGGACCAAGUCGCCACCAAGAGACUCUGCGCCCUGCGCGGCUGCUGCUGGAGCCCCCAGAGCGACACCAGCGUGCCGUGGUGCUUCUUCCCUUCAAACCACGGGUACAGAGUGGAUGGGGAGAAGCGAGUGACCACAGAGGGCUUCCAAGUGAUGCUGACCCGGCUCUCCUCACCCUCACUUUUCGGGAACGACAUCAGCACAGUCCUGCUCACGGCGCAGUACCAGACCCCAAACCGCUUCCACUUCAAGAUCACCGAUCCUAAAACGCAAAGGUUUGAAGUCCCCCAUGAGCACGUGGGACCUUUCAGUGGUUCGGCAGCCUCCAACUUAAAAUAUAAAGUCGAUAUCCAGCGAAAUCCCUUUGGCAUCAAGGUGACCAGGGCAAGCAACGGAAAAGUUUUGUUCGACACCACCAUCGGCCCACUGCUGUAUGCCGAGCAGUUUCUGCAGCUCUCCAUCAGACUCCCCAGCAGCAACAUCUACGGGGUGGGCGAGCACGUCCAUAAGAAGUACAAACACGACGUCAGCUGGAAAACCUGGCCCAUGUUCAGCCGGGACACGGCCCCUUCUGGAAACAUGGAAAACUUAUACGGCGUCCAGACUUUCUUCUUGUGUUUGGAAGACAACUCUGGAGCCUCUCUUGGUGUUUUCUUGAUGAACAGCAAUGCCAUGGAGUUCACCCUACAGCCGGCACCGGCUGUCACUUACAGAACAAUUGGGGGAAUUCUGGAUUUUUACGUCUUCUUGGGAGACACCCCCGAGGAAGUGGUGCAGGAGUAUGUGCAGUUCACGGGGUUGCCAGUGCUGCCUUCCUACUGGAGCCUGGGAUUUCACCUUAGCCGCUACGACUACGGGUCGCUUGACGAGGUGAAGGCUGUCGUGGAUCGAAACAGAGCAAUCGGACUCCCUUAUGACGUUCAGUACACGGAUAUCGACUACAUGGAAGGGAGGAAAGACUUCACUUACGACAAAGUGAACUUCAAAGACCUCCCCAGUUUUCAGAUGUAUCUGCACGACCAGGGACAAAAAUAUGUUCUCAUACUGGAUCCCGCCAUUAGCACAGAGCCUCUGGCUGAUGGUUCCCCCUACGAAGCCUACAAGAGGGGGCAGAGCAAGAAAGUUUGGAUCAAUGAGUCAGAUGGAGUCACACCCUUACUCGGAGAGGUGUGGCCGGGACAAACCGUCUUCCCGGACUACACCAACCCCGACUGCACCAGCUGGUGGGUGGAGGAAUGCAAAAUCUUUUACAACCAAGUGCCCUACGACGGGAUCUGGAUUGAUAUGAACGAAGUAGCCAACUUUGUUCCAGGCUCAAGUAGCGGCUGUGAUGAGAAUGACUUCAACUAUCCUCCCUUCACUCCCCGUAAGUCUACAGUCUUUAGCAGGACCAUCUGCAUGGACGCGGUGCAGAAGUGGGGGCGACAAUAUGACGUUCACAAUCUUUUUGGAUACUCUAUGACCCUCUCGACACAACGAGCCAUCGAGUCGUUGUUCCCUGGAAAACGAAGCUUCCUGCUUUCGAGGUCUACAUUUGCAGGGUCGGGCAAGUACGCCGGACACUGGCUGGGGGAUAACACGGCGACGUGGGACCACAUAAAAUGGGCGAUACCCGGAAUACUGGAAUUUGGCCUCUUUGGAAUCCCUUAUAUCGGAGCAGAUAUUUGCGGUUUCUUCGAAGACACCACGGAAGAGCUCUGCAGACGGUGGAUGCAGGUGGGAGCAUUUUACCCAUUUUCCAGGAAUCACAACACUGAAAAGUGCACACCCCAGGAUCCAGCCGUCUUUGGAGAGGACUCAGUUUUGGUGAACUCUUCAAAGCACUACUUGAAUGUCCGCUACACGUUGCUGCCCUAUCUGUACACGCUCUUCUACAAAGCUCACGUCCAAGGAGACACAGUGGCACGGCCGGUUCUCCACGAGUUUUACUCUGAUGAAGCAACGUGGGAUGUGGAUAAGCAGUUCUUGUGGGGUCCUGGCCUCCUCAUUAGCCCCGUGCUCGAUCCGGGAGUGGAGACCAUCCAAGCAUAUAUUCCUGACGCGGUCUGGUACGAUUACGAUUCGGGUGCGAACAUCUGGUGGAGGAAACAGUGGGUGGACCUGUACCUUCCCGCAGACAAAAUAGGGCUUCACCUGAGAGGAGGCUACAUCUACCCUUUCCAAAAGCCGGCCACCACAACAGUGGCAAGCCGUAAGAAUCCUAUGGGACUGAUCAUUGCACUGGAUGACAACGAAGAAGCAGUCGGGGAGUUAUUCUGGGAUGAUGGAGAAUCGACAGGCACAGUUACCAACAAAUCCUACAUUUCUUAUGACUUUAAAGUUUCCAAUAAAGUCCUGCACAUGAAUGUCACAAACAACAACUAUGUCGAUCCGAACAACCUGAUUUUUGAGGAAAUCAAAGUUCUGGGGUUGCUCCAGGAAAUGGUGUCAGUCACUGUCCUGCAGAACGACGUCGUGCAAAAUUCGCCGCAUAAUAUCACCUAUAAUGCUGCAACUCAGGUCGCUCUCAUACAAGGACUCCAGCUGGAACUGGGAAAAUCUUACUCAUUGCGGUGGACUCUGGGAACCAGUGUUAAUGAGAAAAACGAUUGUCAUCCCGGUCUGGACGCGUCCAAGGAGAACUGCGAACAGCUCGGCUGUGUCUGGAUCGAAGAUACCUCCGAUUCAGAUGUUCCGUACUGCUACUAUAGCAGCCCUGCCCACCCUUAUUCUGUUGGUGACGUAGAAUACACGUCAUCGGGUGUGGUGGCCAAUCUCACCUUCAGCACCAGCAACCUCCAAGCCUAUGAGAAAUCAAAGUCUCCCAUCAGCACCCUUCGCCUGGAGGUGAAGUAUCACAGCGACCAUAUGCUGCAAUUUAAGAUUUAUGAUUACGCAAACAAACGAUAUGAGGUGCCAGUAUCACUAAAUCUCCCCGAGUCCCCCGAGAGCACAGCCGAGAAUCGACUUUAUGACGUAAUGGUUCAGAACAAACCAUUUGGCGUCCAGGUUCGACGCAGACACACAGGGACAGUGAUCUGGGAUUCUCAGCUACCAACUUUCACCUUCAGCGACAUGUUCAUUCAGAUUUCCACCCGCUUGGCAUCCCAGUAUUUGUACGGAUUUGGUGAAACUGAACACGCGACGUUUCGACACGACAUGAACUGGCACAGCUGGGGCAUGUUCACCAGGGACCAGCCUCCUGGAUACAAGUUGAAUUCGUAUGGUUUCCAUCCAUUCUAUAUGGGUCUUGAAGAAGAUGGCAACGCCCAUGGAGUUCUCCUGCUCAACAGCAAUGCAAUGGAUGUCACCUUGCAGCCCACGCCUGCUCUGACGUAUCGCACCACUGGGGGAAUUCUGGACUUCUACAUGGUUUUGGGUCCAACGCCAGAGCUCGUCGUGCAAGAAUACACCGCGCUGAUUGGACGACCAGUCAUGCCGCCCUACUGGGCACUGGGAUUCCAGUUAUGCCACUACGGGUAUGAAAAUGACACUGAAAUCGCCGACUUGGUGGAAGACAUGAAAAGAGCCAACAUACCCUAUGAUGUCCAGUACGUGGAUAUUGAUUAUAUGGAACGGCAACUGGACUUCACCCUUAACCCACGAUUUGCUGGAUUGCCAGCUCUAAUUAAUAAAGCACACGAAGAAGGAAUGAGGUUUAUCCUAAUCCUGGAUCCAGCCAUAUCUGGUAAUGAAACCGAUUACCCCGCCUUCACAAGAGGUUUGGAGCAGGACGUCUUCAUAAAAUGGCCCAAUACCGAUGACAUCAUAUACGCAAAGGUCUGGCCAGAUUUUCCCAAUGUAGAAGUUGAUGAUUCGCUGGAUUGGGACACCCAAGUGGAGCUCUACCGAGCAUAUGUAGCUUUCCCAGAUUUCUUCCGCAAUUCGACAGCUGAAUGGUGGACCAGAGAAAUCACUGAAGUCUACAAUAACCCACACAACGCAUCGAGAAGCUUGAAGUUUGACGGCCUAUGGAUCGACAUGAACGAACCCGCGAGCUUUGUCAACGGGGCCAUUGGUGGCUGCAGAAAUCAAGAACUAAAUUUUCCGCCGUAUUUACCCAAUUUAGGAUCUAGAACAGAGGGAUUGCUUUUCAAAACACUCUGCAUGGAAGGGCAGCAGUAUCUCCCUGAUGGUUCCCCUGUCAGUCACUACAACGUCCACAACCUUUAUGGAUGGUCGCAAACAAAACCCACCCUUGAUGCCUUGCGGAAUAUGACGAAGGAGCGAGGCAUCGUUGUCACCCGUUCAACCUACCCCAGCAGCGGAAAGUGGUCGGGACAUUGGCUGGGUGACAAUACCGCAGCCUGGGAUCAGCUCGAUAAAUCUAUUAUCGGUAUGAUGGAGUUUAGUCUCUUUGGAAUAUCUUAUACCGGAGCAGAUAUCUGCGGCUUCUUUGGAGACUCAGAGUACGAGCUGUGUGCUCGAUGGAUGGAGCUGGGCGCCUUUUACCCGUAUUCCAGGAAUCACAAUGGGGCAGGAAACAGGAGGCAAGAUCCUGUUUCCUGGAAUUCAACAUUUGAAGACAUUUCCAGGAAAGUGCUGAAUAUAAGAUACACCCUCUUACCCUACUUGUACACGUUAAUGCACGAAGCCAACGCUCACGGCAGCACCGUCGUCCGCCCUCUCUUCCACGAGUUUGUGGAAGACAAAAUGACGUGGGAAAUCUAUGAACAAUUUCUGUGGGGACCAGCACUGCUCAUCAGCCCCGUACUGAAACAGGGGGCUGUGGAGGUGAAUGCUUACCUGCCGAAUGCCCGCUGGUAUGAUUACCACACAGAUGAGUAUGUUGACUUUAGGGGACUGUUCAGAAAUUUGUCAUCUCCCUUGGACCAUAUCAACCUCCACAUCCGAGGCGGUUACAUCCUCCCUCAGCAAAUCCCUGCUAAUACGACAUUUUACAGCCGAAAUAACCCAUUGGCACUUACCGCUGCGUUGAAUGACAGUCAGCUUGCAGAAGGUCAACUUUACUGGGAUGACGGGGUGCGCAUUGAUGCGUAUGAAGAAGGUGUGUAUCUGCUGACCUCAUUUACUGCUAAUCAGAACGGCUUAGAAAUACAGGUUUUGCACGAUGGUUAUGCCGAUCCAAAUAAUCUGAAGUUUACUCAAAUUAAAGUUUUGGGGUUGACCUCAACCAUUCAGCAGGUGACAGUAUUCGAGAAUGGAGAAGCGAUCCCAUCUCCUCAUGUUGUGUCCUAUGACAGCCAAAAACAGGCAAGUCGAUGGUUUAAUGGGAAAUCCUAUCCUUGCAAUUAG